UUCUCUCUCUUUCAACGGGCGAUGUUUUUUGAAAGAAAGCUUUCACAGUUUUCUUCUCUUCGAGGGUUCGAACCUUUUGUUUCUCUCGCCUGAUGAGCUCGGCUUCGAUUCCCGCCAUUCCUCUGCAACCGGAGUUUUCUUCUAUAUCAGGAUGUUGGGUUUUGGAGACUGUCCUAGAAAAUGAUGGCUGAAGUGAAACACGAGCAGUGUUGUCUCGAGAACAAACAGUCAGCUGCUGCUUCGAGCUCCUCUGUCUCUGAGGGUAGUUGUAGCAUCGCUCUGAAGUCUCCAGUGAUUUGCAGCCCCGCUUCAACAUCGCCAUAUCAUCGGAGGACUACUGGCCCCAUAAGGCGUGCAAAGGGUGGGUGGACUCCAGAGGAGGAUGAGACAUUAAGAAAAGCUGUUAAAGCUUUUAAAGGGAAGUGUUGGAAGAAAAUAGCUGAAUUUUUUCCCGAUAGAUCAGAAGUUCAAUGUCUACAUCGAUGGCAAAAGGUUCUCAAUCCAGAGCUUAUUAAAGGACCAUGGACCCAGGAGGAAGAUGAUAGAAUCAUUGAACUGGUAUCAAAAUACGGGCCUACAAAGUGGUCAGUUAUAGCAAAAUCCUUGCCAGGUCGCAUAGGGAAACAAUGCCGGGAGAGAUGGCACAAUCAUUUAAACCCUAUGAUAAAGAAAGAUGCUUGGACCUUGGAGGAGGAACUCGCACUCAUGAAUGCCCACCGAAUACAUGGGAAUAAAUGGGCAGAAAUAGCUAAAGUUUUACCUGGAAGGACUGAUAACUCAAUAAAGAAUCACUGGAACAGUUCCUUGAAGAAAAAGUUGGACUUCUAUUUGGCUACUGGGAAACUUCCACCAACUCCAAAGGCUAGCACACAAAAUGGUGUUAAAGAUGCAUCUAAACCAGCAGAUACAGGAAAACCAGCUAUUUUUUCUAAUAAAGGACUGGACUCAACAGCCCAAGCUUCCCCAGGAAUAGAAAGGGUUUGUAACUUGGAAAACUGUAAGGAUCUUGUGGAAUCAUCAAACCAAGGAUUUCUAGAUAUAGAUGGUUCAAUGGAUGUACCUGUAAGUAGAUUUGUUGAUUCUGUUGAUGCUGAAAGCAAGACAAUGGCAUCAAAGUUAGAUACUUUCUGUGGCAUAACUGAUUUGACACCUAAGUUUGAGAAACACGGAAGCACUGCUAAAAUUGACAAUGACAACAAGGUGGCAGACACAGUGCAGUUUGAGGUUCCAACAUUUGGUUCUUUAUACUAUGAACCACCAAAGUUGGAAAACUGUGGUAUUACAUCUGAUUCUGUUCUCUUGAACACAUAUUGCUCAAUGCAGCAGGGAUAUGACUCUAGUGCGCUUAUGCCACUUGUCAGUCUCUUCACUCCACCUUGUGUGAAGGGUACUGAUUUGGAUGGGAAAAGCCCAGAAUCUAUAUUAAAGAAUGCUGCCAAGAGCUUCCCAAAUACUCCUUCCAUAUUAAGAAAGAGAAAGAGAGAAGUCAAUGCUGUAUCAUCCCAUGAUAGAAUUGUGCAAAGAGAUAUGGUAAGAGCCAAUAAUGGUUCAAGUGCUUCUGAAGACAAAGAAAAGAGUGGGAAAAGUGCGGAACAGUCUGGAUCUCUAAAUGAAAGUUUAUGUGAGGUUCCUGCAUGCCAUGGUAAUGACAAAACUGAGAUGUAUAAUGGAAAGGCUUUUAAUGCCUCGCCUCCAUAUCGUUUAAGGUCAUCAAAACGAACUGCUGUUUUCAAAUCUGUGGAGAAACAACUUGACUUCACAUUAGAUGAAGAGAAGGUUGAAGGAUUUACCAAAUCUAUGAUCUUGGGAAACCACUGUGUUACAGAGGAUUGUUCACAUGCAACAAAGAUGGCAGUGACCUAGUCUGCAAAAUUGAUGAUAGUUGGGAGUAUUCCUCAACUUGGAGACUAAAGAUGUUUACUUCACCAAAAGCAAUUAAAUGUCUAUAUUUUUACAACAACGAAAAAGAGAUAACCAUGAAUAAUCUACCAUCUUCAUACAAAGCUUGCAUUGUCAUCAGCAUCAACUUGUUACCAGGUAGGUUCAUCUCCUUCAUCAGGCAAUUGUAGAAUAAGGACUACAGCUCCAGGCUCCAGCAUUCCUGUGAAAAUAUACAGAUUCUUAUGGGCAUUGAUGUAUAAAAAGUCUCUCAAAAGAGAAAAAAAAAGGGCUUAGAGAGAAGUUUAUCUUAAAAAGAUGAAUCCUUUUGAAACCAAAUGUUACUCCACCCCUCCCCCUCCCCCUGGGGUGUCUCCACAAAAUUCUUUUUCCUUCUUUUUCUCCUUCAACAGAGUCAUAUGUCAAUUAGGCUUCCUUUGGUUGCCCGGAGAGAAAGAAUUUUGAAAUUUUCAUAAGAAACUCUUAGAACAAGAAUUUGUUUAAGAAAAUGGAUGGACUCACCCACCAUGCAAUUUUCUUAAUUCUAAAGCUUCUGUUAAAUUACGGUUAUAUUUUCUUUGCAGAACUAUCUGGAAAUGCUAGAAAGUUGAGAGUAAGUUAUUUUAAGCCAUGUUUGGUUC